AUGUCCGGACGAGGCUACGAUCGAGGCUACGACGACCGUGACGACCGCGGACCUCGCGGCGGCGGAGGCCGCGGCGGUCGUGGUGGUGGACGAGACCGUGCUCCUCCCACCACGCUCUUCGUCGCCGGCUUCCCACCCAACAUGCGCGCCAAGGACCUCGCCUACGAGUUCGAGCGCAUGGGUCCCUUGAUCCGCUGCGACAUCCCCGCACUCAAAUCUGCCACUGCUACCCCCUACGCCUUCAUCGAGUACGAGGACCCGCGCGAUGCCGAUGCCGCUUUCCGCGAAAUGCACGGGAUGCGAUUCGGCAGGAACGAGAUCUCGAUUCAGUUUGCCAAGAACGCUCCCUCGUCCAGCUGGAGGUUUGACGGUCCUUCGCGAGGCCCGCCUCCCCCGCCUGCGUACGGUGGUGGUCGUGGCGGUGGUCGCGAAGACCGUCCUCGUCCGGAUAUCCCGCCCCCGCCUCAGAGGCCCCAGCUGUCCAAGGAGGAAGAGGAGGAGGCCGACCGCGCAGCUGAGGAGCGUGCCCGCAAGCGUGCCGCCGCCCGCCGCGAGCGCUCUCCCGAGCCUCGCAGGGACGACGACGCCGACUACCCCGAAGAGCGAAGAGGUGGCGACUCGCGCCGCCGUGAUGACGACGACGAGCGUCGCGAGAACGGUGACAGUGCGGCUGCCAACGGCAACGGCAACGGCGCCGAGGAUGCGCAGCCCAAAGAUGACGGCGCCAACGACGCUUCCGAAGCUGCUGCUGCUGCUGACGCCAAGGACGGCGAGGCCGACCCUGCGGCUGGCUGGGUAAGCAAGGACGAGUGA